AGCUGGGGGAUCAACAUGCCUAAGGUCAAGCGGCGGAGGGGCACCGGGGGCCCAGGGGAGGCGGCCAGGAACGUGUCCCUGGCCGAGCAGAUCAUACAAGGGGACUCGGUGAAGCCCACCACGCGGGUGAAGAGGCGAGGCAGAGGCGGGCAGCAUGGCGGUGGGGAACAGGAGGACCAGUACGUGGAUGAGAAACUGUCCCGGAGGAUCCUGGAGCAGGCUCGGAUCCAGCAGGAGGAGCUGGAGGCCGAGCACUGUCCUGGCAAAGGAACCGAACCGAAGAAGGAGAAGACCACGGUGCUGGGGUCUGGAUCACACGACAGGGACUCUGACGCAGAGGAUGAUGAGUGGCCCACACUGGAGAAGGCUGCUGCAUCCAUGGGAAAGGGGGAGUACUGUGAGGAGGUGACGGUGGACCCUGAGGAUGAGAGAGCCAUUGAAAUGUUCAUGAACAAGAAUCCGCCGCUAAGGCUCACGCUAGCCGAUAUCAUCAUGGAGAAGAUCACGGAGAAGCAGACAGAGGUGGAGACAAUGAUGUCGGAAAUAUCGGGCCACCCCAUGCCUCAGCUGGACCCCCGCGUACUGGAGGUCUACAAGGGUGUCCGAGAAGUGCUGUCCAAAUACAGGAGUGGCAAACUCCCCAAGGCAUUUAAAAUCAUCCCAGCACUGUCAAAUUGGGAGCAGAUCCUUUACAUCACAGAGCCAGAAACAUGGACUGCAGCUGCCAUGUAUCAAGCAACCAGGAUCUUUUCCUCCAACCUGAAGGAGAGAAUGGCCCAGCGCUUCUAUAACUUGGUGCUGCUCCCGCGAGUGAGGGAUGACAUCGCCGAGUACAAGCGCCUCAAUUUCCACCUCUACAUGGCUUUGAAGAAGGCUUUGUUCAAGCCAGGAGCCUGGUUCAAAGGGAUCCUGAUCCCCCUGUGUGAGUCGGGGACCUGCACACUACGGGAAGCCAUCAUCAUAGGGAGCAUUCUUGCUAAGUGCUCGAUCCCCGUCCUUCACUCCAGUGCUGCCAUGCUGAAGCUCGCCGAGAUGGAGUACAGCGGUGCCAACAGCAUCUUCCUGCGCCUGCUUAUCGACAAGAAAUACGCCCUGCCCUUCCGCGUGGUAGACGCCCUGGUCUUUCACUUCCUGGCCUUCCAGACGGACCGGCGCACCUUGCCCGUGCUGUGGCACCAGUGCCUCCUGACCUUCGCCCAGCGCUACAAGGAGGACCUCUCCUCGGAGCAGAAGGAAUCCCUGCUGGAGCUUCUCAAGUUCCACUGCCACCCGCAGAUCUCGGCCGAGAUCAGGAGGGAGCUGGUGAACUCCAAAUCUCGGGACGUGGAAGGGCUGCAGCCGGUGGCGAUGGAGUGAGGCUGGGGGAGAGAGGUGGGGACUGCAGGGAGCUGGGGACUCUUUCU